AUGGCUUCUCUGGUUCAAAACGCUACCACUGCUGCAUCUGAUGCUACCACUGCAGCUACCACUGCGACGACUGCUGCUGCUACUGAUGUUACUACUGCUGUCACUGACGCUACAACUACUGCUGCUACUACCACCACUGUUCUCAGCCUUGGGACAGAAAUUGACCAGUUCUUGACCAGCCUUGCGAGUGAAUCCACACAAGUUCUCCAUGUAUACUCGUACAACUCGCAGACCCGCGUCAUCAAGGAAACAUCCUGUAUUCCAUCUAAGAAUCUGGAUGCGAGCAAGAUGAAACUGUCCGACAUUCGUGAGCUGUUGCUUAGCGAGAAUAUCCUCGAGCCCAGGCUGGUCUGGAGUGCAUUUUGUAACCAACGGGGAGCAAAAGUUCUGGACACGACCAAGUUUCAGUCCUAUCUUGAUAUUUUGAAUGAGAAGUCUAGUGAAGUUGGCGAAAUCUCUGAGGACAAUGCCGAUACAUACCGUGUUUAUCUCAAGUCAGAGAAAGUCAUUGAUCUGGAGCUUCAGUCAUUAUUCAGCCGGGGUAUGAAAGCAACCAUUGAUCACCAACUUCCAGCAGCUGCUCAGCCCAAAUCCCCAGAUAUGCCGACUAGUUUCAGCCAUAAUAUUUUCCUCAAUCCCACGACUACAUUUAGCAUCAUCCACCCUGCGGAUAUGUCUGAGACACACUGGAGUGUCGUUAUUCGCAACAAUUCCCUACUUAAUGCUUACCGAGUCAUCGGCCUGGGUGGGAGUUUGGGAAAAGUGGUCGAGCGUUCAAUGCAUACAGCUUUUGCACUCAAACCACGCGUCUUUUUGAAUUAUCAAAUUUCAGCCACUGCAGCUUCUGACUCUAUCCCCAAGAAAAAGCAAAUGCUUAGGAUUCCUCGAUUCAGAAUUGAAGAUGAUUCAUAUAUCGAACAAUUCGAGAAAACCAAAUCUGUUUCCCGGGCUAUUGCGCAGAAUUCUUUAUCCCAACUGGCAGCCGAACUGGCCAUUUCUGGAGGCGCAUUUGGAUUCAGUGCUAGUCUUUCAGCCAGCUAUAGCCAGGAUGAUUCAUCAUCGUCUUCGUCUAGCUCAUCUGCGGAGACAAAGGAGAUGACCAUCACUUACAACUUCCCCCGUGUGGUGGUUGAUUUUGAUGAGGACAGUCUCGAACUGUCUGAAGAAUGCAAAUUUGACUUAAUGGCUGUGGAUUCCGUGGCAGCAAUUGAUAGAUUCAAGGAUAAAUACGGCCGCUUUUAUGUUACAAGAGUCGAACUAGGUGGAAGAUUACAUUCCUCACAGGAAUCUACAUCAACCUCAGAGACGGCCAAAGCUGACCAGGCCAAAUCGAUGAGGGCGGCAGCUGCUCUAUCCUUUUCUUCUCCAUAUGUCCAGGCAUCUGCAAAUGUGAGCUAUGCUAAAUCCACGAGCUCUUCCUCAGAGGAAUCAAGCAGUGCAUCCAGCAAUGCCGUUUGUUGGGAGGCCAAGGGAGGUGAUACUUUGCUUUGCAAUGACCCCCCUGCUUGGGCUUAUACUGUUGGAUCAUUUUACAACUGGCGUGCUGUGAAGCAAUCCCGCGUCAUGUCUAUUGAAGACGCCAUCUCUUCCAUACCAGGAUACCAGGGCAUCAAACAGAAAUUCGCCACCAUCCUCAAGGGCCAAACAGCUACACCAAGCACCACCCAAGUUUCUGUGGGAUUCCAGAUCGCCUCACCCGAAGGUGAUAUGGUUUUCACUGUUCCGACUAGUUCUUCAGAUUAUGCCCAAGAAGCAUUCAGCUAUGUAAAUAGAACUGCAGUGACGGACGAACGGAUCCAAUUUCUUCACAAACUGACUACAUCCAUCUCUGGCGCAACACUAUUGACCAUGGAGACCAACAGUGUUGCUGCAAAUCAGAAGUUUUAUGUCAACAUCGAGAAUACCUCGGCUGAUGAUCCUAAACAGGUAUGCCAAAUGUCCUUCUAUAUUUGUAAAUGUUUAUCUUAUGAUGGUCAGCUCAAAUUCAACCACCCAUACCGCAUCUAUACCAAGAAUGGAGACGACUAUUCCUGGCUGAGUUCUAGCCCAGCCAAAUCCGGAUACUUGAUUCUAUCCUUUAUCUGGAGCGGGAAAGUGGAAGAGGCCACUCGAUUCAGAUUCUUGAAUGCUACCAACCUCUCUAGUUCGGAUUAUAUUGAGAAUGGCGACCCGGUGUUUAUGGUUAUGAUGGAUCGUGAGGGCGGGGAUAUUGGAAAUGCCGAAUAUUUCCGGCUGUUGAAUGGCCGGAUUGGUCAAAACAUUGAGGCUCCUCAGGGAACCAGCAGCUGUGAAUAUCGCUUCAAAUAUCCUUGA